UGCGACGCUUCACCCUGUGGAGUCGGGGCAGUUCUCUCACAUGUAAUGGAGGACCGUUCAGAGAAGCCUAUUGGUUUUGCUUCCCGUACCCUGACGGCUGCUGAGAAGAGGUAUUCAGAGCUAGACAAAGAAGGUCUGGCCAUUAAACGCUUUCAUCAGUACCUCUAUGGAUGUGCAUUCACAAUUUAUACAGACCAUGAGCCUUUUUAGUGAGACCAGAUACAUCCCACCGCUAGCCUCAGCCAGGAUACAGCGUUGGGCUCUCACAUUGUCAGUCUACCAGUGUACAGAGCGGGUGGGGAUAAUGCAAAUGCUGAUGUGCAGAGUCGACUCCCUUUACCUGAGAUGCCUGUUACUACAUGUGUGCCUCCAGAAACUGUGUUUUCAUUGGACAGGCUGUCCGAGACACCUGUAAAGGUGACCCAGAUCAAGCAAUGGACAGAGAGGGACCCAGUCCUGUCUCAAGUCAAGACUUUUCUUUUACAAGGUUGGCCCAGAGUUGUGGAAGGAGAGGAACUGAGACCUUAUGCCAAACGCAAGACUGAACUGAGUCUGCAGGAUGGCUGCAUUUUCUGGGGGGCGAGGGUCAUCGUUUCUCCCCCUGGCCGUUCACAGAUUGUGGAGGAAAUUCAUGAGACUCAUCCUGGGGUGUCUCGAAUGAAAAGCCUUGCAGGAUCCUACGUCUGGUGGCCAAGAAUAGAUCAGGAUCUGGAGAACAAGGAAUCGUCUUUUGUCAGCUUUUCGAUCAAGUCAUGCAAAGACUCAGUACACUGUCUGAAUGCCCUUCACUCUGGCGCUCAAUCCCCUGUCCUCGCUCCGAGCUGAGGCUGGAUAUUGUACUCUCCUGCGGUCAGUCCUUCCGAUGGCAGGAGACGAGCCCUGGACAUUGGACAGGAGUCUUAGCCAAUCGUGUGUGGACGUUGACACAGACCCAGACUCACAUCUGGUACCAGACUAACUACAGAGAGGCAAAUAGUGCUCUCCAAGAACCGACAGGGCACAGAAAGAGGAAGGGCCCACUGACAAGUCAGGUCAGUGUUAAAGUGAGAAAGGAAAACACUUUAAAAAGAAAACAUAGAAGUGAAGAUGGGAAUGCUCAACAUGCCGCGAAUGUGUUUGCUGAAGAGAAGGCGGAACCAGUGCAGGGCACACAGCAGAUCAUUGACACCACACACGGAACGUUGAGGCAGGAGGAGGCAACUGCGGAUCAGGAGGAGGGCAAGAUCUUGAGUGACUACUUUCAGCUGCACGUGCAGCUGAGUGACCUGUACUCCCAGUGGGUGCAAGCUGACAAGCACUUUGCACAGGUGGCUCAGGAUUUCCCAGGAGUCCGCAUUCUGCGACAAGAUCCUAUAGAAUGCCUCUUCUCUUUCAUCUGUAGCUCCAACAACCACAUCUCACGCAUUGCCGGAAUGGUUGAGCGUCUGUGCCACACCUACGGGGAAAGGCUGUGCCAGCUGGACUCCUGCACCUACCACUCAUUCCCCACAUUGCAGGUUCUGGCUGGAAAUAAUGUGGAAAAAGAGUUACGAAAACUAGGAUUUGGAUACCGAGCGAAGUUCAUCAGCCAGACCGCCAAGGUGAUACUGGAAAAACAUGGUCCUGAUUGGCUAUAUUCCCUGAGAGAGACCUCAUACAAAGAAGCAAAGCGUGCUCUGUGCACUUUGCCUGGUGUGGGGGCAAAGGUGGCUGACUGCGUUUGUUUGAUGUCUCUGGAUAAGCCAGGUGUUAUUCCAGUGGACACACAUGUCUGGCAGAUCACAAAGCGUGAUUACCUCUCCCACUUGGGGGCAGGGAGGAAGAGUCUCACUGACAAGGUGUAUGGAGAAAUUGGUGAUUUUUAUCGCAGCCUUUGGGGUCCUUUUGCUGGCUGGGCACACUCUGUUCUCUUUUCAGCAGACUUGAAGAAGUUCCAAGUAUACAAGUCCAAGCAAGAGCAGCAACAGGAUAAUAACGCCAGGAGUUGACAGCAGAACUUACUAUGUGUCUGACAUCACCUGGAGAAUAACACUUUAUAGUCUACAAUGAUUAUAUUCUUGUGACUGGGUUUAUGGAACCAUUGUCAGCAUUUCUGGGUUUCUCAUACUCUGUCACCUCAGUCAGAGAUUUAUGAAGUAGUGUGCUACCAGGGGUGUUAUCCUUUAGGUUAGGAACAACUGAGGCUGAUGGAUAUACGAGGUACCUUAAGGAAGGAGAUGGCAGUUAAUAUCCAUGUCCCUCGCUCAUCAACACUAAAACAGGUUAUCUGAAUCACAUCAAAUUAGUGUUUAUAGGAGCUUGGUCUGCCUCUAACUUGUUUACAGUAGUAACCAUAGUUUAAAAAUACAGUACUUCAUCUACUCUAAAACACUUUGCUGUUCUUUUUGAAAACAGAGAUGACUCUAACUGGUCUGUGUUGUACAGGAGGUUCCACAAGCAUCUAUGUGACUGUGAUGGCAGUCAACUUUAUCAUCGAUGAUAGUGGGAUACUUAUUAGUCAGCACCAUGGUGAAAACUUGUGUAAGGUCGAGUGAAGUUACCUCCUGCAGCCUCCUGGGACAAUAGAUGAAGGGAAAGGUGACAGCGCGGCACUCUGUCUGUUGUGUACUGGAUUAUAAACCUCAGUUUUGUGUUCCUGUCAUUUAAGUGAAGUUACCUCCAUGUAAUUGUAACUAUCAGACCAAGUAAUCAACUUGGAAUUUGUGGAGAACAGGUCUAUCUGGUGAUGAAUUUUAAACAUCUGUGGACAGAGGGAUUUCAUAAAUGCAUUUGUCCCAAAACUGAUACAUUUUUAAAAAGUUUUUGUUUGUAACUCUAAUAAAAAGUGAUGGU